AUGCCCAAAAAGAAAGCCGCCUCAAGCACCAGCUCAGCAGUCGCCUCCGCCACAGCAGCCGCCUCAACCGCCGCCGCUUCAGCAGCAGCAGAUGGCUCCGUCCUCACCGCCUCAGACUACAACACCUUCCAAAUCUCCUCCGGCACAGCCGGCACCGCCGAAACGGAAGCCAACGCCCUCUUCGCCAACAUCGACAUGAACAACCUGGCCGGCGUCUCGGCCGCGGACCUUAAAGUCAUCAAGGGGAUCCAUGACGUUGCUGAGGACGCCGAGACUGAUGCUUUUAACCCGGCUAUCGACGCUGCGAGCGGUGAUGCUGCAACUGCGCUCCAGAAUGGCAAGAUAAAGAACAAGGUCCUCAAGCUCACGGCUGAGGUCCUGGGUAUCCAAGUCGAUGCUGCGCAGGGUGGAGAUGAUUCUGAUCUUGCGGCUGAGCAGGCGAAGCUUGCUAAUAAUAUUAAGCUUGAUACUGCGGCAGCGGGACAGGCUUCUACGGCUGUUAGCUUUACUGGGACUUCGUAA